AUGACGGCUCCACCAUUGGACCUGUCACACCACUUGUCCUAUGCGACCAAGAACAAGAAACCCAGCAGCGUCAAGGGGUUCUAUAAAUACUUCCAGACACCCGGGAUUGCUAAUUUCGCUGGAGGUUUGCCACAUGCAUCCUAUUUCCCCUACGAUACACUCGAAGCCAAAGUCGCUCUACCCCAGCGCUUCGAAUCCAAAGAUAAAGAUUCACACUCCGUCCGAGUAACAGUCCCUAAGGAAAGCCCCACGCCAGAUGUCACUCGCAAAAUCGACUUAACAACCGCUCUCCAAUACGGCACCGCCGAAGGAUACCCUCCUUUAAGGACCUUUCUGCGCUCGUUCACAAGAGACCAUCUACAUCCAAAUGUACCCUAUGUGGGCGGUCCCGAGGUGUUGUUGACUUGUGGAUCGACCGAUGGCUUUGCCAAGGCCAUUGAAGCAUUUACGAAUAUAUGGAAUCCCGACCGGGAUUGGAUUCAGCAGCGGGAGGGCGUCCUAUGUGAGGAGUUUGCUUAUAUGAAUGCUAUCCAGACGGUGUCACCUCGUGGUUUGAAUGUCGCCGGUGUUGCGAUGGAUGGUCAGGGUAUGCUUGCUAGCGGGAAAGGGGGAUUACAGGAUGUGUUGGAGAAUUGGGAUUUCCGGCGUGGCAGACGGCCUCAUUUGAUGUAUACUGUUUCAACCGGCCAAAAUCCCACUGGUGGAACACUCUCUGUCGAACGCCGAAAGGUGAUCUACGCCCUCUGCCAGAAAUACGAUGUUAUUAUCAUCGAAGACGAGCCAUACUGGAACUUGCAGUUCCCAUCCGCUUAUGGGAAGACGGUGCAUUACCGUGGCUCAUCCUCGGAACCAAAUCUAUACACCAAGAACUACAACGCAGAGGGCAAGUCCUCAGGCUACGCUUACCUGGACUCACUCGUCCCCUCAUAUCUAUCCAUCGACACAGAGGGCCGAGUAGUGCGACUCGACACAUUCUCCAAGACCAUUGCACCCGGUAGUCGUCUCGGCUGGAUCACAGCACAGCCGGCUAUCAUCGAACGUCUCACUCGCAUAACAGAAGUGUCAACUCAACAACCAUCCGGAUUUGUUCAAUCACUAAUAGCGGAAAUGAUCGUUGGUCAACAGGAUGAUAUAUCUGGGAAAUCAUCCAAACAGAUCGCUUCGAGCUGGCACAUGGAUGGUUGGGUACGGUGGCUGGAAGGGUUACGUGCCGGGUAUGAGACGCGCAUGCAGGCUAUGUGCACGAUUCUAGAAGAGAACAAGUAUCUCUUCUAUGGAUCGAGUGAAGAGCACAUCGAUGCCUGGGAGGUCGUUGAUCGAGUGCAGAUGUAUGACUUUGUCUGGCCGAUGGGUGGCAUGUUCGUGUGGGUUGAGACUCGGGUUGAUACUCAUCCCUUGCGCUCACAAUAUUCUCCCGAGCGACUCGCACAGGCGCUUUGGAUUCAUUUGACCAAGAAGCCUCACCUUUGUCUUGUCGGUCCUGGAUCGAUGUUCGCUGCGACACCUAUGUCUGCCCAGAAAGCUUAUCGGUAUAUCCGUCUUGCUUUUGCCCCUAUGGAGGUUGACGAGGUGGCACCUUUCACCCAGAGAUUGGUGGAGGGGUUCCGGUCAUUUUGGCUGCGCAAGGAUCUUAAUGGAUUGGGUGAUGAGGAUGCGGUGGAUGUUUUGAAUCUACCGGGUGUUAACUUUCUAGGGAACGGAUGCUGA